AUGCUCACCUCCGGCCUCACAAAUGCGCCCCUCACCAAAUCCCUCCUCAUCUACACGAUCGCCUCAUCGAUCGCCCUCUCCCUCUUCGACAUAAAACACCUCGCCGUGAUCUAUGUAUCGCCUCAUAUCUGGCCCUACGCCCAGUUCUGGCGUGCAAUGGUGUGGCAAGUCGCUGGCUUCACCAAUUCCACCGAGGCCCUCUUCGCCGCAAUGCUAGUCUACCAUCUACGGGUUGUCGAACGCGCGUGGGGGAAGCGGAAGAUGGCGACGUUCCUACUCAGCACACUACCCUAUACAACUCUCCUCCCGCCAAUUCUCCUCGCCCUCCUAAUCCGCCCUCUAUCCCUAAACAACCUCAAUUACCUCCCCUCGGGCCCAACAGCUACCAUCUUCGCUCUGCUGGCGCAGUACCACGCCACCAUCCCAUACACCUACCGCUACCGCAUCGGGUCAACAUCCUCCCCCGCAACAAACACCAACAAUACCAGCAAUGAUUCCUCCAAUACCACACAGCCACAGCCACAGCCAAAACCCCAACCACCAAGCCUAUCCCUCCUCCUCUCCGACAAAUCAACCACCUACAUCGUCGCCGCCCAGCUAGCCCUCUCCCAGUUCCCCGCAAUGCUCCUCCCGUCAGCCGUGGGCUGGAUCGUCGGCGUAGCCUGGCGCGCGGAGCUGCUACCGGGUUUGUCCCCGGCUAGCACUGGCUUCCGCGUUCCGGCUUGGGUAGUUGGCGAGCAGGAGCGGAGGGGUGGUUCGGACUCUGGGUCUGGUGGUGCGGAGAGAGAGAGGUACGAGGAUCUGCGACGGAGGUUGGAGGGUGAGGUUGCUUCGGCUUCGGGCUUGGAGGGGUCUGGUGCGCAGGCUCAGAGACGUGCGAAUAGUACGGAGGCUGGCGCGUUUGUUAAUCGGUUGACUCGUGAUUGGUAG